UAUACUAUCUCUGCUUCACAAGGUCGUUUACUAAUUGCGGUGCAUCACUUGGAUAAAGAUUAUUUCUCAUGUUAGUACGAGUAUUUAGUGCAUGUAAGAUAUAAAUAUGUUAACUAUUAUUUCAAAAUCAUUGUUACUGUGGAUUUUUUUCAUUUUUUCAUUAUUCUGUUUCAUUCAGUGCAAUGACACCGUAAAAAAUAAACGUCAAGUUAGUUUUUUAUUUGGAAAUCCUUUAAGUCAAUUAGGAGGUUCUCAAAGGCCCUUGGUUCAAAUUGAAGCAUUUAAUCAAAAACCGAUCAAUAAAGAACCACCUGAGAAGUACCAUGACUAUACGGUAAAUAAUAAAAAUCCUGUACCGCAGCAAAUACCUAUUAGACGUGAAGAAGUUUCAAAUAUUGACUUCAAUAAUAAUAAUAACAACAACAAUUUUAAUCGAAUGCCGAUCAAUAAAAAACAACCAGACACUCAAAAUGACUAUACAGCAACAGAACCUCGACCUCAAGAAAUAUUUAAUAAUCGUGAAGAUGUGACAGGCUAUGACGUAAAUAAAAAUUAUAAUAAAAAUCAGUAUGUAAAUUCUCAAGUGCCAUUGUCACCAUCGUCCAUUUUACCUCAACCAGCAAAUAUAAACGCGAAUAAUGAAUUUGUAAAUCGACCAGUGCCUCCUCAAAAUGUCUUCCAAGACCAUCGAGAAGGACCAACGUCUCAGUUGUCAGGAAACGAGGGUUACUAUGGUAAUGGCGGUAAGGUGGGAAACCAGGCAUCGGGUCAACCCCAAUCAGAAAAUAAUUAUAAUGGAAAUGGUAACAGUGACAAUGGACAAAGGCUUGAGACAUCAACACGUAAUUCAAUUGAAAUUCAUACGAACAUUAAUCUAAUUUUGCCGGGUAUUUCUUUGGGCAAUAAAAAUACUGAUAAUCAAAGCAAUCAACAAACAAACAUGUAUUCUAAUGAUAACAGAAAAAUUAAUAGUAAUAAUAAUGAUAAUAACAAAAAUAUAAAUUAUGCUCAAGAAAAUAGCAAUAAUGGUAAAUAUAAACCGCCAUUACCAAUUCAAAAUACCGGGAAUAAUAAUUCGGAUGGUAAAAAACCGCAUGAACAAAUAGAUAGUUAUGUAAAUUAUCAAACUACUGGUAGCAAUACCUUACAAUCGAAUAAAAAUAAAGGAAAACAACCGAGUAUAAGUCCAAGUAAUUCUCAUAACAGCGGAAGUGGAAGACCACAAAGUGAUCGGAACAAUGCAAUGCCGAAUAAGGAAUAUUUGGGUAUAAAUAUAUCAUCCAGUACGCGGGCGUAUGAAAGUGAAGGAGAAGAAGAUCCAAGCGAAAAAGAGUUAUCAACUAAAAACCAUCGAACAACAGUUAAUCCGUCUCGAAGUGGUUGUAGACUUCCCGAACAGCCACAAGGUGGUAAUUACGAACUCGGAGGAUGCGAGUACUCCUGCAAGAAAGUUCCUGGAGACUGGGUACCCAGAAACAGUAUUCUCACUUAUACAUGCCAGGAGGGCUACGUGAGGAAUGGUAGUGCAGUGUCCGUUUGCCUCAACGACUCAUGGUACAUGCCCCUCUCAUGCUUGAAAUCCUGUACAGCUCUCAAGAGUUCUAGUGUGGAUGUCACGUGUAAGAUUCAUGGUACUACAGUGUCUUGCGAUCAACCACUCGAACCCGGAACAAAAGCAAUGCUCAAGUGUAAACCAUCUUAUAAAAUACCACUGACCGAUGAUCCUGUUUAUAGGGAGAUAACUUGCCUUGAAAAUGGCAAUUGGGAUCGUCAUCUUUUCAGAUGCCUUCCUAAAUGUGGAACGACAAUUUCUCACGGUAGUACACUCAUCGUAAGUGGAUUUACAGCUAAACUGGGAGUAUUUCCUUGGCAUACUGGAAUAUAUGAAAAAAAGUCAAAGAAAAUUUAUGAACAAAUUUGUGCGGGUACGCUGAUAAGCAGCAAUCUAGUUGUUUCCGCGGCACAUUGUUUCUACGAUGAAAGCAUAAAUGAAGUUAAAAAUGCCUCGAGAUAUUUCGUAGCUGCAGGAAAGCACUACAGAAAUUGGAAUGUUCACGAGGACUACGCUCAAACGUCCAAGGCUGAGUGGAUACGUCUUGGUAGUAGAUACAUGGGAGCAAGAGGUAAUUUUGCUCAUGACAUUGCCCUACUCAAGUUACUAAGUCCACUUGAAUUGACUAGUCUUGUACGUCCUGUUUGUAUUGACUGGGAUAACGUCAAAGAAAGAGAACAUCUAAAGCCCGGAAAAUACGGAAAAGCAGUUGGAUGGGGAAAAACAGCAAAUGGUACGCCAAGUGAAGAGCUUCAAGAAAUAAAUAUACCUUUUAUACCAUUCGAUCAAUGUUUGUCGGAAGUUCCAACAGACUUUCAAGGAUAUAUUACCCCAGAUAAAUUCUGUGCUGGUUAUCUCAAUGGAUCUAGUCUCUGCGAAGGUGAUAGUGGCGGUGGUUUAUGUUUUGAAAGUGAUGGACUCUGGUAUCUACGUGGAAUCGUAAGCGUCAGUCCUGUCAGGGAUUACUCUUGCGAUUACAAUUCCUACACAGGCUUUACAUCGUUGAGUCACUUUAGCGAUUGGAUUCGCACGGCUUUUCUCGAGUCGUAAAUGUGUGUUCACAUAUUGUUUUUUCGUUAGAAAAAAAACAAAAUAAAAAUAAAUUAAUUUUUCUAGAGCAAAUGGAGCCAUAGCUAAAUUAUAUAAUUUAUAAAAAGAUUCAAUGAUGCGGAUUUUAAUACUAAUUUAUUUAUGGAAUCAUUUGAGAUCAAAAACGAUUAAUUAAUUAAUUAAUCAACAGAAUAAAAUUGAAUCAGAGAAUAUAUUUAUCUAAAUAAGCGACAAAUUUAUUCCAUUUAAAUGACAAAUUUAUCGAAAUUAGAUUAUCUGAAUGAGUAAAAUGUAUACGUAUGAUAUUUCCAUCUGUAGACAUUAUUUAUACACCAUAAUAUUUCCAUUGUGCGUAGAUGGGGUUGUUUUUAUUAUUACCA